UUCAGGGGCGUGAACGAGAAGGACCUGCGUAAAAAGCGACAGAUAGAGACACACAGCAGGCACAUCUGCCCGAGAGCUGAACCUGAGACAGGUUCGACACCGACCUCCAUCUGCAGAGCUUCAUCUCCCUGCUGCUCCACCCGACCUCCAGACGCUCUCCGACAGGUUACUGCCGGGGCUCCAUCAUGGCGAAGCCGGGUGCUCUGCUUCUCCUUCUGGCAGUUGCUGCCAGCCAGGUUGACCUUCUGUCUGCUGCAGUUAUUGUUAAUUCUGGAGUGAAGAACAUCAGCUCGUGUCCCAUCACCUUUUAUGGACGCAAAUACUCCAUGUUGGAUGUGUCGUUCAAAGAUUCAUCUGCUGUCAUUUGUUUCAAAGAGCCCGCAACUGAAACUCCAACAGACUGUGUUUUGAUAAAAGAUCAGCUGACUGUGGACAGAUUGGAUGUGAACGUGUUUACUGCCAAAACAAGUCCUGGAUCAGCCAUUCAUCUAGCUGUGCCAAACAUCAAGACCACUUCAGACUGCGCUGUUCAAUUUUACUUACAGGAUGGAAAUUUGAAAUCAUAUAUCGGUGUUAUUUUCUACAGCUUUGGCGCACAAACAGUUAUGGCAAGCCUGACAUAUUCUGAUGUAUAUACUUCAGCUACUUAUAGCCUGAAUGCAACGGUCGGUAGCUCAUCUCUGGGUUCGUGGUCGUUUCCUAAAUCUUCAGAAGUGAAAUACAUAGACGUGAGCGGAUGCAGAAUCUCAGAUGCCCCUUUUGUAGUCAAUUCAAGUUACAAGAAGCUGAACUCAGAAAAUUGCACCAUGCAAGUCUGUGAUGCGUCUGCAUCCCUCUCUCCUGUCAGUACAUGUGGAGCCCUGGAGGUCUGCCUGGGCAACAACAAGUGCGUACAACCCAUUCCCGUGUGCACUGUGACCGGCUCCACUGUCAUCGAUUUCUCCGGCAGAGUCUACUCUGUCCCGGACCGGUGUGUAUACGGUCUGAUGAAGCCUCAAAAAAGCUCGAAUUUCACCCUAUUGGCCGGUUUCAUGGAGCGACGGCGUCAAGAUGUGCCAUUUUUGGACCACUUGAUACUGUGGCUGGAAGAUACAGGCGUAAACAUGUACCUGGAACAAGGUGGAAGAGUUCGGGUUAAAGACCAAAUACUAACGCUCAGCACCACGGCUCAGCUGGUCCACGGUGUGGAGCUCUCCAAGGACCAGACUGGAGUUACUGCCAAGAUACUUUCCCUCAAUGCGACUGUCUUUUUUGAUGGCAACACCGCACAUGUGGCAGGACCUGCUGGAGCUGUAAAGGGCUUGUGUGGCAGCCCCACUCAAGCCAGUCAGACCACCACCCUGAGUGCAGAGAAGUCCUCUUCUUACAGUGCACUCGGGUACAACUCAGUCACAACCACAUGAAUGCACUGACUGAUAUUACC